CUCACUUCACCCAGUCACCAAUUCCUAAAAUGACCAAAAAUCAUCAGAAUUAGAUGAAUCUUCUAAGUGGUGGGCGGGUAGAAAUAGUUAUCAAUAAACGUAAACAGAUUCAUGCAAAAAAUUUAAGCAAUUAAAUGUGUCUUAGAUUUAUAAUGUUGAAAACACCCGUAUUUUGACUAAAUUUAUGUGAAGUGUAUUCAUAAAAAUAUUAAUUAAGUAUGUUUUCUUGAAGAUAAUCAUAUUUUAUUGCACCAUCUUCUUUAUAUUGAAAAAAAAACCCUCAUCUUUUGGAGUAAGAAAAAUCAGCAAAAGAAGAAACAUCUUUGUUGUUUAAGUGGAUAAUAUUCAUGCUGCAUAAAUAAUUUGAUUUGUUUUUCUUAAGUUGGAUACAGUAGCCAGUAUUUCGUGACACUUGAUGUUUACCUUAGAUUCUUUAAACUAGUUUCUACUGCCACUGUGAAAAGUUGAAGAAAUUGGUUUACAUUGCCUAAAGACUAUAAUAUUGUGUGGUAUUUAAAAACGAUGUCUAAUUGUUGUUCAUUCAUUCCAUUGUAUAACUUAUAUGUAUUGAUAAUAGUUUAAACACUUAUUAUGCUUAGUUACUGAUAAUAAUUUAAAUACUUCUUUUAGAGUAUUUUAAUGUAAUGUGUAGUAAUUUUCACUUACAUCAGUUACUCAAUCAACAGGAAAAUAUUAUUCUUGUAAAAUUACUGUUGUAGCUUUUAUAAAAAAAUUCCAGGUCUUAACCGUAAACUAAUGCUGAAAAGUCUAAAACAGUAAUAGAAACUGAAAUCUAAGUCAGUACACACUUAUAUAUCCUUAUCAUUACAGCUCAUAUAAAUAUCUUCAAUAACAUAAUUAAGCUAUAUAAAAGUUAUUAGAUCCCAAUCAGUAUAACUCACAAAGUAUAAUAAUGCUCUAAACUCAUACAGAUAACAUCUUUUUGAGUAUGUAGUAAGAAAUUUUCAAUGAAAAUGAAUUCAAAUCAACACGAUGGCACACAUAGCAGUGAAAAGCCUUAUUCUUCUGACCUAUGUAAUAAAAGUUUCUCACAUAAGAGAAUAUUGUCUACUCACAGAUAUGCUCUUACUGGUGAAAAACCUUAUUCUUGCAGUGAAUGUAAUAAGAGUUUUUCAAGAAAGUCAAGUCUGAGUUUACACAUUCGUAAUCAUACAGGAGAGAAACUAUAUUCUUGUGGUAUAUGUAAUAAAAGUUUUGCUUGUGGCACUAAACUCUCUCAGCACAGCCUGGUUCAUACUGGGGAGAAACCUUAUUCUUGUAGUGCAUGCAAUAAAAGUUUUUCACGGAAUGCUCAUCUAACUGAUCACAGUCGCACUCAUACUGGUGAAAAGCCUUAUACUUGUGAGAUAUGCAAUAAAAGUUUUUCACGGGAGACAACAUUGACUGAGCACAGACGAGUUCAUACUGGUGAAACACCGUAUUCUUGCAGUGAAUGUAAUAAGAGUUUUGCACAACAGUCAGCACUGUCUAUACACUAUCGCAUUCAUACAGGAGAGAAACCAUAUUCUUGUGAUGUAUGUAAUAAGAGUUUUUCAAGAAAGUCAUCACUGACUUUACACAUUCGCAAGCAUACUGGAGAGAAACCACAUUCUUGUGGUAUAUGUAAUAAAAGUUUUUCACGUGAAAGUACACUGUCUGUUCACAGCCGGGUUCAUACUGGGGAGAAACCUUAUUCUUGUAGUGCAUGCAAUAAAAGUUUUUCACAGAAGUCGCAUCUAACUGAUCACAGUCGCUCUCAUACUGGUGAAAAGCCUUAUUCUUGUGAAAUAUGCAAUAAAAGUUUUUCACAAAGGACAGCAUUGACUGUGCACAGACGUGUCCAUACCAGAGAGAUGCCUUAUUCUUGCAGUGCAUGUAAUAAAAGUUUUACAACGAAACAAAACUUAACUGCACACCUUUAUACAGGACAGCAUUUGUCCAGAUACAGCCGUGUUCAUACUGGUGAAAAACCUUGAUCCUGUAGUGUAUGUAAUAAGAGUUUUUCAAAAAGGAAGAAUUUAACUGAACAGUUGCACUCAUACAGGGGAGAAGCCUUAUUCUUGUAGUAUAUUUGCUAUAAGAGAUUUUUGUUGAAGAUAAUUUUGACUCAUCACAUUUGAACACACUGAUUCUUGUUACUUGUGUAAUAAAAGUUUUUUAUCGGGGCAUGUUCUGUUCAGACAUAGGCAUGUUCAUAGUGAGAAACCUUUUUCUUGUGGUGUAUGUAAUAAUAGUUCUUCACAGAAGCAUAAUUAAACUAUACACAGUCGCACUCUUGCUGGUGAAAAACCUUAUCCUUGUCACAAAUGUAAAAAAAAACUUUUUCUAUAGAAAGUGUACUGUCUGUGCACAAUCAUAUUCAUACUGGGGAGAAACAUUAUUCUUAUAGUAUAUGUUAUAAGAGUUUUUCCUGAAAGGAUCUUCUAACUCUGCACAGUCAAGUUCAUUCUAUUGAAAAUUCUUAUUCUUCUGAGAUGCGUUAAGAAAAUUUUUACUGAAGUUUACCCUAAAUGUCAUCAGUUUUGUUAAUACUAUUGAGUGUAAAAAUUAGUAAUAAAAGUUUUAUUUUUACAUUA